GCCUGUCUGCAUGCUGAGGGUCACAUGGACGACGGUCUGACCCUUCAGCGUUGUCAACACGAGGAGGCGCGGGCUGUACGCAUCAUCAGGAACACCACCGUCCUCUUCAGCCACUUCAUCAAGUAGGGAUGUGUGUGUGUAUGUGUGUGUGUUAGUGUGUGUGUGUGUGUGUUAGUGUGUGUGUGUGUGUGUUAGUGUGUGUGUGUGUGUGUGUGUGUUAGUGUGUGUGUGUGUGUGUGUGUGUGUUAGUGUGUGUGUGUGUGUGUGCUGCAUUGGUAACCUAGACAGUUUAAGGACCGUCAUCUAUUCCAGAAAAUACAGAACACAGUUGGACUAAUUUUGUAUGAGCUAGUUGGUGCCUGAAGCAGGAUCAUACAUUAGUGGUUCUAUAUCUUGACUGCUCCUGAAUGCUCCUGAAUGCUCCUGAAUGCUCCUGAAUGCUCCUGAAUACUACUGAAUGCUCCUGAAUGCUACUGAAUGCUCCUGAAUGCUACUGAAUGCCAAGACGAUUUACAUUAACUUGCGCAAGAGAGAUCCAAUCACAGCUGCAGAAGCGAUGGCAAUUUUCCUGCUUUUGUGUGAUUAGGCAUGGAUUAGCUCUCAUGAAAUUAGCCUUCCGGUGGAUUCACUUCCAGUGACUGAUAUCGGAAACUAUCUGCUGUAGUAUUUGUGCGAUGUAAUUUGAAAACAAUUGAGGUGAUUUGAGACAAUUGUGGAUAAGUGAUAUUAAUGUAGCCUAUCAACAGUACAUUUGUUUUAUGUCACUCUCUUUUUCCCUCUGUUUAUCCCUCUCUCCUUCCUCCUUUUUCUCACUCUUCCUCUCCCCCCAACCUCUCCCUGCCCCCCUCCCCUAGGGGUCUUGACAGUAUAGGGGGGGAUAAGAAUGUGGAGGUGUCCCUGCCUAACUUUGACGAGGUGUUGCAGACUCUGGAUGAUCUGAUUGAGUACUUCAAACAGCCUGACUCAGAGCUGGAACAUGAGGAGAAACAGACUCUGCUGAGAUCUCUCAUCAAACGACAGGACCUCUUCAAAGACGAGGUGAGCUCCCAGGGCUCUGGGACCUCAGGUUUAAUCAGGGUUAAAGGCAGUGCUUAAUUUGAGCUGGAUCCUGCUGGAACAGGAUCCGGCACCUCUCAAUUGAAAUGGAUCCUGCUGAAAAGAGAAGAUUAAUCAGUCUGUAGGCUACCAAAUAUGUUAUCAACUUCCAAAUAGGCCUAUUGAGCGAACAGUAUUGUUUUACAGUAAAACAAGAGAGAGAUAGACUUUUAGCAAGAGAGCAUCGUCCAUCACAGGUGAGUGAGCUGUGCAUUAUUGGGUGAGUCAGUGAAACUGGAAAGCUUUUUUGGGACUAUAAUUUUCUCCUCAUAUUGUACAAUAGUGGGGAAAAAAAGUAUUUAGUCAGCCACCAAUUGUGCAUUUUCUCCCACUUAAAAAGAUGAGAGAUGCCUGUAAUUUUCAUCAUAGGUACACGUCAACUAUGACAGACAAAUUGAGAAAGAAAAAUCCAGAAAAUCACAUUGUAGGAUUUUUAAUGAAUUUAUUUGCAAAUUAUGGUGGAAAAUAAGUAUUUGGUCACCUACAAACAAGUAAGAUUUCUAGCUCUCACAGACCUGUAACUUAAAGGCUCCUCUGUCCUCCACUCGUUACCUGUAUUAAUGGCACCUGUUUGAACUUGUUAUCAGUAUAAAAGACACCUGUCCACAACCUCAAACAGUCACAUUCCAAACUCCACUAUGGCCAAGACCAAAGAGCUGUCAAAGGACACCAGAAACAAAAUUGUAGACCUGCACCAGGCUGGGAAGACUGAAUCUGCAAUAGGUAAGCAGCUUGGUUUGAAGAAAUCAAAUGUGGGAGCAAAAAUCCCAGAACCACACGGGGGGACCUAGUGAAUGACCUGCAGAGAGCUGGGACCAAAGUAACAAAGCCUACCAUCAGUAACACACUACGCCGCCAGGGACUCAAAUCCUGCAGUGCCAGACGUGUCCCCCUGCUUAAGCCAGUACAUGUCCAGGCCCGUCUGAAGUUUGCUAGAGUGCAUUUGGAUGAUCCAGAAGAGGAUUGGGAGAAUGUCAUAUGGUCAGAUGAAACCAAAAUAGAACUUUUUGGUAAAAACUCAACUCGUCGUGUUUGGAGGACAAAGAAUGCUGAGUUGCAUCCAAAGAACACCAUACCUACUGUGAAGCAUGGGGGUGGAAACAUCAUGCUUUGGGGCUGUUUUUCUGCAAAGGGACCAGGACGACUGAUCCGUGUAAAGGAAAGAAUGAAUGGGGCCAUGUAUCGUGAGAUUUUGAGUGAAAACCUCCUUCCAUCAGCAAGGGCAUUAAAGAUGAAACGUGGCUGGGUCUUUCAGCAUGACAAUGAUCCCAAACACACCGCCCGGGCAAAGAAGGAGUGGCUUCGUAAGAAGCAUUUCAAGGUCCUGGAGUGGCCUAGCCAGUCUCCAGAUCUCAACCCCAUAGAAAAUCUUUGGAGGGAGUUGAAAGUCCGUGUUGCCCAGCGACAGCCCCAAAACAUCACUGCUCUAGAGGAGAUCUGCAUGGAGGAAUGGGCCAAAAUACCAGCAACAGUGUGUGAAAACCUUGUGAAGACUUACAGAAAACGUUUGACCUGUGUUAUUGCCAACAAAGGGUAUAUAACAAAGUAUUGAGAAACUUUUGUUAUUGACCAAAUACUUAUUUUCCACCAUAAUUUGCAAAUAAAUUCAUAAAAAAUUCUACAAUGUGAUUUUCUGGAUUUUUUUUUCUCAUUUUGUCUGUCAUAGUUGAUGUGUACCUAUGAUGAGAAUUACAGGCCUCUCUCAUCUUUUUAAGUGGGAGAAUUUGCACAAUUGGUGGCUGACUAAAUACAUUUUUCCCCCACUGUAGUCAAAGCAAUGAAAAGGGCUGUCUGGUUCCUCAAUAAAUACACAAAGAUUUCGUGACCUUGGGACUAUAAGGUUCUAUCGGCACAACGCAUCGUUUUUCGAUUUUGAGCAUCAAGUUUUCACAUCCCAGAUCUCAGAACUGUUUUGUAGUGAAAGUGAAUUCUUCUUUGUCCCACCUCUGGCUAAAAGAGACUUCCACCAGAUAUGUAAAUGUACCUAUUUUCAUGUAGGAAGUUCUAGAAACAUGUAUCACUGCACCGACUCACAUAAUGACUCAUUAUGGUAUCCUAUUCCCUAUGUAGUGCACUACUUUUGACCAGGGCCCAUAAAGCUCAGGUCAAAAGUAGUGCACUAUAUAUGGAAUAGGGUGCCAUUGGGGAUGCAACCAUUGUAUGACCAGCCUGGUGUUUGUGUGUGUGUUUCAGGGCAUGUUGGCCCUGCUGGUAAAGUGCAUCGACCGUCUCAACCUGUACAACAGUGCUGCCCACUUUGGAGAGCAUGCUGGGGAAGAGGCUGGGGCGGCAUGGAAGAACAUCCUCAAUCUACUCUACCAACUACUGGGUAAGAGAGAUGGAUCUUAGGGUUCUGUGUCACCUCUAAACACCCCUCUGCACGCACGCAUGCACACACACAUACUUCCCUGAGCCCCAUCUGAACAGUGACAUAACAGUUAUUUUAUUUACAGGGGAGAGAGAGAGAGAGAGAGAGAGAGAGAGAGAGAGAGAGAGAGAGAGAGAGAGAGAGAGAGAGAGAGAGAGAGAGAGAGAGAGAGAGAGAGAGAGAGAGAGAGAGAGAGAGAGAGAGAGAGGAUGAAGCUUCAUCACAUAAAUAAAAAGUGACCCGUUCUUAACACCCUGUCCUGUCUGCGCUCUGGGCACUGUGAUGUCAUGAUGCAGUGUCCAGGCAGUGGAUGCAUCACAAAUGGCACCCUAUUCCCUAUAUAGUGCACUAGUUUUGACCACAGCGCAUAGGGCUCUAGUCAAAAGUAGUGCACUAUAUAGGGAAUAGGGUGCCGUUUUGGACGUGCAUAGUGAGACAAGGGAGGCUGUUAACACCAGUCAGAUAAAUGUUCAAAACCCAGACAACUUUAUUUACAAAUAGUCAGUUACAAAUGCUUUAUCACUGAUCUCUAGCCUUGACGUGUCAUACUUUCAUCUCAUGGUCAGAAGAGGAGGGGCAAGGUCUCUGCUGUGACAAACUACCCUAAGAAGUUUGAGCAGAGCCAUAUACAGUGCAUUAUCUGUCUAUAUGUAGUCUGGUGGUGCUGUUGUUCACCAUUUGUUGUGUUGAUGUCAUAGAGGCAGAAACCGGUCCAUCAUUUUAACGCGUUCCCCUUAGUUCACCUUGACUGCACUCAUAUUCAAAUCCUCUACACACACACACACACACACACACACAUCCUCUUGCACACAGGCACACACACCUCACUGAAAACAGCCCAGACUUCCUCUCACUAAACCAACAUAGGGGUCACCCUGAAGGAUGCCAGUGCAGUCUGAGGACAGAGAGAAAAGAGAGAGAGGAGAGAAGAGAGAGAGGAGAGAUAGAAAGAGAUAGGAGAGAUGAGAGAGAGAGAAGAGAGAGAGAGAGAGAGAGAGUCAGACAGUGUUCUCUGUGAGUUUGUGUUGACGAAUGGCUCUGCGUUGAGGGGUAUGAAUUAGCUGACAGAUUAUGCUGUUAAACUAUCCCACAGGCAUUAUCAGUCUGCUGUCCCUAAGGCUAAUGCUGAAUAAUGACUGGGUGAGGAGACAGCUAGAUAUCAAACAUAGACAAGAGGUCUAAAAAUAGACUUGUCAGCCUCUGCCUCUCUCUCACCCUCUCACCCCUCUGCAAUGUCUGCAUCACUCUUUCAUCCCUGUCAACCCCUCCUCCUCACCCCUCUUUCCCUCACUCACCCCUCUAUCUCCCUCUAUUCACCUCUCUCUCCAGCCUCUCUGAUCAAAGGGAACCGGAACAACUGUACCCAGUUCUCCAGGAACCUGGACUGGCUGGUCAGCAAGCUGGAGAGACUGGAGUCCUCAUCAGGUACCCUACACAGUACAUAGAGAGUUCAAGCAUUUCGUUACACCCACAAUAACAUCUGCUAAAUAUGUGUAUGCGACCAAUACAUUUGAUUUGAUUUGGUCAUAGAGAGUUCAUAGAGAGUUUACAUUUACAUAUUGGGUAUGGAAUUGUUUGUUUAUGUAGUCAAAUGCCUUGUAUUCAUAGCUAGCUAAUUGUAUGCUGUGUGUGUCUGGUGUAAGUAAACAUGAAGCCUAUUAUGAGAGUAUUUCUAUAACUGUAAAUAAAGUAGCCUUUCUUACAAAGGUCUGUAGCAUAAUCUCCCAGUAGUUUUAGCCUGUUUUUCCUCAGGUAUUGUGGAGGUAUUCUAUUGCAUCCUGAUAGUCUCCUGAUUCUACUCUACUGUAGGUAUCCUGGAGGUGCUCCAUUGUAUCCUGAUAGAGUCUCCAGAGGCUCUGAACAUCAUCCAGAAAGGACACAUCAAGUCCAUCAUCUCCCUGCUCUACAAACACGGACGCAACCACAAGGUCAGCAACAACAACACAUUAUUUAUGUUCUAAUAAACUCAAUACUAAAUACAGUCUAAUCUAAACAUUCUAAAGGUUCUAAAUUCCUUCUGAAUGUUCUAAACUCAACAGCACAUACACACAAUACAUGUCGAAAGACAAUAUUGUGCUGUAAACAAUGCUAUUGUAAUCCUUUCUGAGAGAGAGGCAAACACGGCCAAACCUCUUCAGUAUGAGCAGCAGUGCUUUGGGCUUUCAUUCCUAUACCCGGAGGAGAAAGUUAACCCGGAGGAGGUAGUUAACCCAGAGGAGGUAGUUAACCCGGAGGAGAUAGUUAACCCGGAGGAGAUAGUUAACCCAGAUGAGGUAGUUAACCCAGAGGAGAUAGUUAACCCGGAGGAGAUGCCCAAAAAUGUAUGUAAAUCAAUGCCCAACAAUGUAUGUAAAUCAAUGCCCAACAAUGUAUGUAAAUCAAUGCCCAACAAUGUAUGUAAAUCAAUGCCCAACAAUGUAAAUCUGUGGCUAUCACAGCUGUCAUCGUGGUGUUAACAAUAGCCUCAGGCUGCCUGCUUUACAUGCAGUGUUAACUUUUCACCUAACAAUAUUUGCCCUACUGGGUUCAUUGGGUAGUUGGGCAUAUAGAGCCACAUGCAGUGCCAGUCUGCAUCCCAAAUACCACUCUAUUCCCUUUGUAGUGCACUACUUUUGACCAGGGCCCGUAGGGAAUAGGGUGAUAUUUGGGAUGCAACCCCAGUCUUGUAAACAGCAGGUGUUGGUCCAUGCCACGUCGCGGCACAGCACAGGAAUUGUAAUGGCUUUUAACAACCAAUAAAGACACGGGCCAUGCAUGCCCCUCUAUGGGUUAUUAGCUUAAUUUACCCACCCAGGGAGGUAGUAAUGAAGUACUUGGUUGCUAAGUGGCGUGUUAUUGUUACACAGAGACAAACCGAAGGGGGGGGGGAGAGAGAGAGAGAGAGAGAGAGAGAGAGAGAGAGAGAGAGAGAGAGAGAGAGAGAGAGAGAGAGAGAGAGAGGCUGCUAAGAAACAAUAAUGUUCAUAUUGCCAGUUUUUCCUUUUUUCAUCCAAAUAACUAUUUUACCAUGUGCACUGGUAUUCACCUGUGUUGCCGUUCUCUCGCAGUCUGCAAAUGCGAGUUGCAGUGAUUUUUUCCCCGAUUGGAAAUACUAAUGCUACUUAGUGAAUAUUAGGAGUACAGUAAUAAUUCGGGCCUUGUUGGAAAGCUCACAUCCUCCCCUUCUCAAUGGAUUCACUGGUAUUUACCCCCCUCCGAGAGUUAUGAUUAACCUGUAGCCAAGGCUUUGUAGCAAGGUGGUGGAUAAAUAAGAUAGUUUACUCAGGCCGUAUACCAUUGAAUUUUUAUUUUUUUGUCAAGGUUCCUUUCUGUGCAAAUGGACGUUUCCUCUCUCGCUUUUCCCGUGUCAGCCCACCGCUUCCUCCAUAAUAUAUGGCCUGCUCACGCAAGAGAGGGAACAGCUGGCUCUGGUCUGCUUAUUGUCCCCUCCCACUCGCCCAAUCCGCCCCACCCCGACCAGAAAAAAACGAGUGAAAUGUCUCGCCCUGGGGCACCCCUCCACAGGGCAAUAAGUAGAUCAGAGUGGCCCCGAUCAAAAAAAAGGAGGGAGUGGGGUGUCUCGCUUUCUCUACUGUCUCUGUUGGUAGUAUGCUUAAUAAUGACUAUGCCACAAUUGCCAGCUAAUAGGAUAGUAUGUAUACUAGUAGGCCUAGUUGGACAAGGCUGAAUAUGCACAUGAUGGAAUUUAGAGGUAGCCUAAAUAUGAAUUAUUUAAUGGAAAUAGUAUUGACUAAGAUAGGACUAAAAUGACUGUGACUAAAACUAGACGAAAAUUGUCCAGAGUUUUAGUCGACUGAUAAUAACUAAAACUAACAAGGAUUAAAUGACUGAAAUGUGACUAAUACUAAAAGCUAUUUUAGUCAAAAGACUAAAACUAAUCUAAAAUAGCUGCCAAAAUUGGUGGGAAUGAGGAUAGUAUAAGAGGAUAGUAUAAUCCAUUUUUUAUACUUCUCUCUUGUUCGCUUCUCGAUCUCCUCAAUCUUAUUUUCCCUCCACUCCCUCCCUCCCUCCCAUCUCAUAGGCUCUCUCUCUCUCUCUCUCUCUCGGUCAUAUCUCUCUCUUCUAUCUCUAUCUCGCUUCUCUCCUCUCGCUCAUUCUCCUCUCUCUCUCUCCUAUCUCUCUCUCUCUCUCUCUUCCUCUCUCCUCUCUCUCUCCCCCCCCUCCCCCCUCUCUAGAUCCUGGACGUCCUGUGCUCUCUGUGUGUGUGUAACGGGGUUGCAGUGAGAGCCAAUCAGAACCUCAUCUGUGAUCACCUGCUUCCCAAGAGAGACCUGCUCCUCCAGACACGAUUGGUCAAUGACGUUCAGAGGUAACAGGAAGUAGGAAGUGCCCCACUGUAACCAUGCUCCAUAGAAUUAGAACUAGUUCCGUUCUAAUUAUAUGGUGUAGUCAGUCUAAUUAUAUGGUGUAAUCAUUAUAAUUCUAUGGUGUUCUCUGCAACAUAUCCUUGUUAAAACCCUAUCAGUCCCGAGACCCCAGCAAAAAUCGGCUUUUCUUUUAUGUGACUUUCAUUUAUCUACAUGUCCAGCCCUUAUAUUUAGCCUCACAAUGAAGUGGUUUACCUUUUUUUUUUUUUUUGGAGGGGGGGGGGGGGGGGGCAACCAGGGCUACAAGUAGAACACAAAGCUAUUUGACAUAAAUAGUUGCAUUCAUGAGUUUUAUUGACAAAUGUCAAUAAAGAAAAGGUCAGUCAAAGCAAAAACCUGAUGAAAAUGAAUGUAUAUGAAUUCUGUAAGUACAGAAAUGGUUUGCUCAGUGGGAAAUGAAUAUCCAACUAGUCAGUGACAGCUGUGUUCUAUGUAGAAGAACCCCUUGCCUUCUAAGACUAUUUUGCAGUUUGUGAGCGUCAUAGAGCAAAACCAUUCUCAAACCAUUCUGACUAUACAGACAUUUUUGUAAAAAAAAAACAGUGGCCCGGAACCCUUCAGGAUCCACCCUUGUCUCACAAACAACGCUCUAGCUCAGCCCCCUGUUAAUCACACAAUGGUUGGUACCAACAGAUGCAGAAGAAAAAGACGAAUCUGAUGGUAUAACCACAAAGGGCUGUAGCUCAAACACAGUCUGUAGGCCAAAUCAUGCCGGCGCGAUGGCGGGACUCAUUGGGUUAAUGAACACCAUUCAUACAACAAUGUGCUCCAUAACAGCAGGCAAUUAGCAAGUUGUUGCUGAAGGGUUAAUUACAUAAGGCAUACAUUCACUCUUGAUUUACUACUGCACAUGUCUUGUUAACUGAAUCGGUGUGAUUUAAUACAAACUCAACACAGAUUUUAUGACUGCAAUAUAAAAGAACAUGGAAUAGAAAUACGAAUAAUGUUUAAUCUAUCUGUCUGUCUUGCAGCACUGCAGCACACCUUACUUAAAGCCACAAUCUUUGACUUUUUUCUCAUCUCUCUGUCCUCAUCUCUCUGUCUUCAUCUCUCUGUCUUCAUCUCUCUGUCUUCAUCUCUCUGUCCUCAUCUCUCUGUCUUCAUCUCUCUGUCCUCAUCUCUCUGUCCUCAUCUCUCUGUCUUCAUCUCUCUGUCCUCAUCUCUCUGUCUUCAUCUAUCUGUCUUCAUAUCUCGUACUAUCUCUCUGUCCUCAUCUCUCUGUCUUAUCUCUCUGUCCUAUCUCUCUGUCUUCAUCUCGAUGUCUUCAUCUCUCUGUCCUCAUCUCUCUGUCUUCAUCUCUAUGUCUUCAUCUCUCUGUCUUCAUCUCGAUGUCUUCAUCUCUCUGUCUUCAUCUCUCUGUCUUCAUCUCUCUGUCCUCAUCUCUCUGUCCUCAUCUCUCUGUCUUCAUCUCUCUGUCUUCAUCUCUCUGUCCUCAUCUCUCUGUCCUCAUCUCUCUGUCUUCAUCUCUCUGUCUUCAUCUCUCUGUCUUCAUCUCUCUGUCCUCAUCUCUCUGUCUUCAUCUCUCUGUCUUAUCUCUUGUCCUCAUAUCUGUCUUCAUCUCUCUGUCUUCAUCUCUCUGUCUUCAUCUCUCUGUCUUCAUCUCUCUGUCUUCAUCUCGAUGUCUUCAUCUCUCUGUCUUCAUCUCGAUGUCUUCAUCUCUCUGUCUUCAUCUCGAUGUCCUCAUCUCUCUGUCCUCAUCUCUCUGUCUUCAUCUCUCUGUCUUCAUCUCGAUGUCCUCAUCUCUCUGUCCUCAUCUCUCUGUCCUCAUCUCUCUGUCUUCAUCUCUCUGUCUUCAUCUCUCUGUCUUCAUCUCGAUGUCCUCAUCUCUCUGUCUUCAUCUCGAUGUCCUCAUCUCUCUGUCCUCAUCUCUCUGUCUUCAUCUCUCUGUCUUCAUCUCGAUGUCCUCUGUUUCCAGUAUGAGGCCUAACAUCUUCCUAGGAGUGGCGGAGGGUUCAGCCCAGUAUAAGAAGUGGUACUUUGAGCUGAUGAUCGACCAGGUGGACAUUACUUUUCUCACAUUCAUCUAUUUCAUUGCUUAUGUGUUUUGUUUAUUGUGUAGUAAUAGUAUUGCCAGUUUUUAUAUUUAAAAUGUAAGUUGUACUCGCAAUUCAGCUCUUCGCUACCACACGUACAAUGCCUUGUCUCUCUCUCUCUCUCUCUCUCUCUCUCUCUCUCUCUCUCUCUCUCUCUCUCUCAGGUGGACCACUAUGUGACCAGCGAGCCGUCCCACCUGCGUGUGGGCUGGGCCUCCACUAAGGGUUAUGCCCCCUACCCGGGGGGUGGAGAGGGCUGGGGGGGCAACGGGGUGGGUGACGACCUUUACUCAUACAGCUUUGAUGGACUCUACCUGUGGUCAGGUAUGCUCUCUGGGGUUCUGCAUGCCUCUACCUGUGGUCAGGUACAAUCUAUGAGGUUCUGCAUGACUCUACCUGUGUUCAGGUACACUCUCUGGGGUUCUGCAUGGCCAGUUGUGUACUUAAGUCGUUUUUUAGUUUUUGUAUCUGUACUUUACUUUUACUUCACUAUAUUCCUAAAGAAAAUUAUGUACUUUUUACUCCAUACAUUUUCCCUGACACCCAAAAGUACUCGUUACAUUUUGAAUGCUUAGCAGGACAGGAAAAUGGUCUAAUUCACACACUUAUCAAGAGAACAUCCCUGGUCAUCCCUACUGCCUCUGAUCUGGCGGACUCACUAAACACACAUGCUUUGUUUGUAAAUUAUGUCUGAGUGUUGGAGCGUGCCCCUAGCUAUCUGUAAAUAAAAAACAACAAGAAAAUGGUGCCGUCUGGUUUGCUUAAUAUAAGGAACUUUAAAUGAUUUAUACUUUUACUUUUGAUACUGAAGUAUAUUUUAGCAAUAACAUUUACUUUUGAUACUGAAAACCAAAUACUUUUAGACUUUUACUUGAGUCAUUUUCUAUUAAGGUAUCUUUACUUUUAAUCAAAGACAAUUGGGUACUUUUUCCACCACUGUGCAUGACUCUGCCUAUGGUCAGGUACAUUCUCUGAAGUUCUGCAUGACUCUACCUGUGUUCAGGUAAGCUCUCUGAGGUUCUGCAUGACUCUACCUGAGUUCAGGUAAGCUCUCUGAGGUUCUGCAUGACUCUACCUGAGUUCAGGUAAGCUCUCUGAGGUUCUGCAUGACUCUACCUGAGUUCAGAUAAGCUCUCUGAGGUACCUGUGUUCAGGUAAGCUCUCUGAGGUUCUGCAUGACUCUACCUACAUUUACAUUACAUUUUAGUCAUUUAGCAGACGCUCUUAUCCAGAGCAACUUACAGUUAGUGCAUACAUUUUUUUAAUUUUUUUUAUCAUACCCCCCGUGGGAAUCAAACCCACAACCCUGGCGUUGCAAAUGCCAUGCUCUACCAACUGAGCUACAUCCCUGCCGGCCAUUCCCUCCCCUACCCUACACGACACUGGGCCAAUUGUGCGCCGCCCAUGAGUCUCCCGGUCGCGACCAGCUACGACAGAGCCUGGAUUCGAACCAGGAUCUCUAGUGGCACAGCUAGCACUGCAUCGCAGUGGCCUUAGACCACUGCGCCACUCGGGACAACUAGAGUACUGUGGUCCUGUGGUCAGGUACAUUCUCUGAAGUUCUGCAUGACUCUACCUGAGUUCAGGUAAGCUCUCUGAGGUUCUGCAUGACUCUACCUGAGUUCAGGUAAGCUCUCUGAGGUUCUGCAUGACUCUACCUGUGUUCAGGUAAGCUCUCUGAGGUUCUGCAUGACUCUACCUGAGUUCAGGUAAGCUCUCUGAGGUUCUGCAUGACUCUACCUGUUAUCAGGUACACUUGCUGAGGUUCUGCAUGACUCUACCUGUCCUGAUUUGACCCUGACCCUUAUGUCAUUUGGGAGUUAAGUCCUGAAAUGUGUGUUUCAAGGUUUGGAUUUUUAAUGUCAAGGGCAGAGACACAGUAUUACAAGCAGUAGCUUAUAUAACUGUUUACAUUUUCUGCCAUUGUGAUGUGAAAUGCCACUGCUAUUUUGGGAGUUGAAAUCCUGAGGUCAUCAUUUUGUGGUCAAGAGCAAAGGAAAAAUAACAGUAAAAUAAAAUCUCACCCUUGACCAACCAUCCCUCAUCUGUCACCCGGCCCUCCAUCUAAAUAGCCCCCAGACUGAUUCUGCCCUAGUUUCUCCCAAUUAUUUAUAGAUAUACUAGAUGACUGACAGGGGGCGCUGUGUAGAAGCUAUAGAAAUGCAUUUAUUAAUGUCUACAUUCGUUCAUUCCACGUUUAUUCUAUACUGAACAAAAAUAUAUAAACGCAACAUGCAACAAUUUGAGAAUGAGUUUUCCCCACAAAAACGGCUUUAUUACAGACAGAAAUACUCCUCAGUUUGAUCAGCUGUCUAGGUGGCUGGUCUCAGACAAUCCCGCAGGUGAAGAAUGCCGAAUGUGGAUGUCCUGGGCUGGGGUGGUUACACGUAGUCUGCGGUUGUGAGGCCGGGUUGGACGUACUGCCAAAUUCUCUAAAAUGAUGUUGGAGGUGGCUUAUGGUAGAGAAAUUAACAUUCAAUUAUCUGGCAACAGCUCUGGCGGACAUUCUGUCAUGAUUUAACUGGAUUUGAACCCAAAUGCAGACAACUACACCGAGCCAGAGAAGGUUUAUUUACAAAGUACAAUUUGUCCAGGUUUCCAAUAAUAGGGGAAGAGCAAGUCCAGGUUUACAGGGAGGGUAACAGAUCCAGGUUCAGAGCAGGUGUGGUACCGUAAUGUCCUAGUGUCCGUGGUGAGUCCAAAAGGGAGGUCCGGUAGUGGAAAGCAGGAUGGUGGUGGCAGGAGUGAAGCGGAGGCAGGAGUCAGGUUCCAAUAAUCUGUGGCACAGGAAAAAAGUAACUAGAACAGGCCAAAAACACAAAGGGCGAAAACAAGCAGGUUGAGUCAACAGCGAAACUAACAUGGUCGUCUUGACUAUGAUCUGACGAUGAGUGGCAGGUUUGACCGGGUCUUAAAGGCUGAGGUGAUUAUGGUGAAUGAGCUGCAGCUGAAACCCUGACUCCCGCACACCAGACUUCACUCCUGCAAUCAAGGACAGACAGAGGGGAGGGGGAGAGCAGAGAGAGAGCUACCUAGCAGCAGUAGGCCUAACACAUUCCUGCAGUCAGCAUGCCAAUUGCACACUCCCUCAAAACUUGAGACAUCUGUGGUAUUGUGUUAUGUUACACAACUGCACAUUUUAGAGUGGCCUUUUAUUGUCCCCAGCACAAGGUGCACCUGUGUAAUGAUCAUACUGUUUAAUCAGCUUGUUGAUAUGCCACACCUGUCAGGUGGAUGGAUUAUCUUGGCCAAGGAGAAAUGCUCACUAACAGGGAUGUAAACUAAUUUGUGCACAAAAUUUGAGAGAAAUAAACUUUUUGUGCGAAUGGAACAUUUCUGGGAUCUUUUAUUUCAGCUCAUGAAACAUGGGACCAACACUUUACAUGUUGCAUUUAUAUUUUUGUUCAGUAUAUUACAGACACCUUAAUUCAUACUUUUAAAUUAUAUUAUGUGAGCUAAACAUACAAAUAAAAAAUGAAAACAUAUAUGAAAAUAAUGUUUUAAGAUUACUAAUGUUACUGUCCCCACUACAACAACAAGAUACUUAAAUAAAUGUAAUUUUGUCCUUGAAACAUUUAAUUGAAAUACUGUAGAAUUCCAUUAAUUCCUAUGGAGGACUGCUCCUACUGGGGAAUGCCAAAAUGGCCGACCGGUGACGUCAACGCUUCUCAAUGGCCAAUAAAUAGCUCCAGCAAUCGAGUGUUUAUAUACAUAAUUGAUUUCUCCAUGCUCCCCCCCCCCCCCCCCCCAUCCAUCUCUACCCUGUCUGCCCUCCAUAUAGGCCUGAUGGGGUGGUACUCUGGUCUGUACACAGCCUACACCCAUCCCUCCCCCAUCCCCUCCCUUAGCAUGUUGAACCAUGUCUAUCCAUCCAUCCAUCCAUCCUACCAUUCUACACCUUACACUGCCCCUUCUCCCCCUCUGAAGAGGCCCCAGACUGAGUCGUGCCCUCCAUGACUUUGAAGGCGUUUUGAAACCACUCCGACCAUCCAUCUCUGGGUCACAGGGGGGUACUGAAGUUCUCAAUAAAGACCAUCAUAAGUCAUCCUCCUCUCCUCUUCUCUUCUCUCUCUCUCUCCCCUCUCUCCCCUCCCCUACUCCUCCUCUAGAAGGGGGGGAAGUCGCGCGGUAGCGGACUCGGUGUCUCUUCUCUUUCUCGGGGAGGGAGAAGAGGAGCGGAGCCGAGGAGCGGAGAUUAGCGGCUCUCCUAGGACUUCUAGGAAUUCUUCCUUCUAGAAGCGGCUAUGGGUCUCUCAGGAGCUGCUCUCUCAUCCUCUCGUCUCCUCAGUUUCCACUCUCAUACGUCCUGUCUCCUCAAUCCCCCGCCCUCCUCUCUCCCCUCCUCUCUUCUCCCCUCCUCUCCUCACCCUUUUCUCCCCUCCUCUCUCCCGUCCUCUCCUCCCAGGCCGUAUCUCCCGGGCGGUAGCCUCCAUCAACCAGCACCUGUUGAACAGUGAUGAUGUAGUGAGCUGUUGUCUGGACCUGGGCGUUCCCUCCAUGUCCUUCAGGAUCAAUGGCCAGCCAGUACAAGGCAUGUUUGAAGACUUCAACACCGACGGAUUCUUCUUCCCCGUAGUCAGCUUCUCUGCAGGGGUCAAGUAAGGGGGCCAGCACACUCACACACACGCACACACACACACACACACACACACACACGCAGAGACACACAGACGCAGACACAGACGCUCACAUUCACAGCUUCUCCGCAGCGGUCAAGCAAGGGUCCAGCUAGGUUAAUUUAUUAAUUUGUGAAUGGUCAGGAUAGGAUAAAUAGGAACUGUGAUGAGAAUAUGAAGAGGCUGGAGAGUGGGGAUUGCAUAGUGGAUGGGGUUGUUGCUAGGAUAGCAUUAGUUUAAGAAAAUGGCCCAGCAAUGGCAAAAUGAAGACGUUCUGAACCUGAAAAGUUUAAUAGACUCUAGAGGCUAUAGUUCUAUAGUUCUAUAGAUUAGCUUUGGGUAUAUGAAUAUUACACAACAUCAUUUUGGCCAGUAAUAGCUUUUAUCUCUAACUUCCUGGUCUCCGCCUCUCCUCAGGGUACGUUUCCUGCUGGGUGGUCGUCAUGGAGACUUUAAGUUCCUGCCCCCGGCGGGUUACUCCCCAUGUUAUGAGGCCCUGCUCCCCAAGGAGAAGAUGAGGGUGGAGCCUGUGAAGGAGUACAAGAGGGACCAUGGAGGGGUCAGGGACCUACUGGGGACGACACAGUUCCUCUCCCAGGCCUCCUUCAUCCCCACACCUGUAGACACCAGCCAGGUAACAUACACCUGGACACCUGUAAACAGUCAGUCAGUCAGUCAGUUAGCCGAUUGAUUGAUCAAUUAAUCACUCAAUCGAUCAAGCAAGCAAGAAACCAAUCAAUCAUUUUUAUAUACUUUUUAAAAACACAAAGUUUAAAAGCUUGUCUUCAUCUUACUGCCCAACACUAAAUCAACUUCUCCAUCUCUCCACUCUGCCUCUCUCUCUCUCUCUCUCUCCAGAUUGUUCUGCCUCCUCACCUGGACCACGUGCGUGACAGACUAGCAGAGAACAUUCAUGAACUGUGGGGCAUGAACAAGAUCGAACUGGGCUGGUCCUAUGGCAAGGUAGGUGCUAUACCUCACUGGUCCUAUGGCAAGGUAGGUGCCUCCCUCCCCCCUCCCUCCCUCCCUCCCUAACUGCAGCAGUAAGAGUGGUUGUUAGAAUGCUCAGCACACACACCAUAGUUCUUUAUACAAGAGUGGUUAUCAUAGAAUCAUUUCCUCUGAGGCCAGGAGAACACAACCACCAACCACGGCUGUAUGAGGAGGCUGGUUUGGUACAUAAUAUAAUAUAAUAAAUGAAUGAUGCUGUGACUAUAAGGAGCCUCAUUACUCAGGGGGCUCUGACCUUCUCAUUAAUUAAGGAUAAUAUUUAGUCAGGGGGCUCUGACCUUCUCAUUAAUUAAGGAUAAUAUUUAGUCAGGGGGCUCUGACCUUCUCAUUCAUUAAGGAUCAUAUUUAGUCAGGGGGCUCUGACCUUCUCAUUCAUUAAGGACAAUAUUUAGUCAAGGGGCUCUGACCUUCUCAUUCAUUAAGGAUCAUAUUUAGUCAGGGGGCUCUGACCUUCUCAUUCAUUAAGGAUCAUAUUGGGGCGGCAGGUAGCUUAGUGGUUAAGAGUGUUGUGCCAGUAACCGAAAGGUCGCUGGUUCUAAUCCCCGAGCCGACUAGGUGAAAAAUCUGUCGAUGUGCCCUUGAGCAAGGCACUUAACCCUAAUUGCUCCUGUAAGUCGCUCUGGAUAAGAGCGUCUGCUAAAUGUGUAAAAUGUUAUAUUUAGUCAGGGGGCUCUGACUUUCUCAUUCAUUAAGGACAAUAUUUAGUCAAGGGGCUCUGACCUUCUCAUUCAUUAAGGAUCAUAUUUAGUCAGGGGGCUCUGACCUUCUCAUUCAUUAAGGACAAUAUUUAGUCAAGGGGCUCUGACCUGCUCAUUCAUUAAGGAACAUAUUUAGUCAGGGGGGCUCUGACCUUCUCAUUCAUUAAGGAUCAUAUUUAGUCAGGGGGCUCUGACCUUCUCAUCAUUACAGGAUCAUAUUUAGUCAGGGGGGCUCUGACCUUCUCAUUCAUUAAGGACAAUAUUUAGUCAGGGGGCUCUGACCUUCUCAUUCAUUAAGGAUCAUAUUUAGUCAGGGGGCUCUGACCUUCUCAUUCAUUAAGGACAAUAUUUAGUCAGGGGGCUCUGACCUUCUCAUUCAUUAAGGAUCAUAUUUAGUCAGGGGGCUCUGACCUUCUCAUUCAUUAAGGAUCAUAUUUAGUCAGGGGGCUCUGACCUUCUCAUUCAUUAAGGACAAUAUUUAGCUUGAAAGUGACAUUAGCUUGAAAGUGACAUUGGUUUGUUCCCAAAUUGCACCCUAUCCAAUAUAUAGUGCAAUACUUUUGACCAUGUCCCAACUCCCAACAUCCUGAAGGAGAUCGGACGAGACCAAGUGGCAGAUACUUGGCAGGAUGAUGAGAAGACAAUACACUUAGAGUUUGGUACAUUUAUCAUCUCAGACUAGUUUGGUACAUUUAUCAUCUCAGACUAGUUUGGUACAUUUAUCAUCUCAGACUAGUUUGGUACAUUUAUCAUCUCAGACUAGUUUGGUACAUUUAUAAUCUCAGACUAGUUUGGUGGUACAUUUAUCAUCUCAGACUAGUUUGGUACAUUUAUCAUCUCAGACUAGUUUGGUACAUUUAUCAUCUCAGACUAGUUUGGUACAUUUAUCAUCUCAGACUAGUUUGGUACAUUUAUCAUCUCAGACUAGUUUGGUACAUUUAUCAUCUCAGACUAGUUUGGUACAUUUAUCAUUCAGACUAGUUUGGUACAUUUAUCAUCUCAGACUAGUUGGUACAUUUAUCAUCUCAGACUAGUUUGGUACAUUAUCAUCUCAGCUAGUUUGGUAAUUUAUCUCAGGACUAUUUGGUACAUAUUAAGGGGUAUCAUAUCAACUAGAGUACAUGCCCUUUCUGUUGGAAUGAUCUCCUCUGUAAACUCCUACCAUUCUUUAUUGUCAGCUGAAGUCCGAUGCACACACACACACACACACACACACACACACACACACACACACACACACACACACACACACACACACACACACUGGCAAGGUGUUAUUCUGAAUCUGAGAACACUUACCUUGGUUAGACAUUCAUACAGUAAAGCUGCUAUCUUCGCUCUGUGAACUCCACAGACCUGGGUCAAAUAGUAUUCGAAAUCUUUCAAAUACAGAGCUUUUGCUUUAGCCUGCCUUGAGUUCCAGGUGCGCAGGGUCUGCACUUUUGAGACUUUUCUAUUGGUUCCAUUGCAGCUGGCAAGCUCAAUCAAGCACAUAUAGAGUGUUUGAAAUUAUUUAAAAUAGUAUUUGAACCCAGGUCUGAGUGGCCCCGCUAAACGUAGCAUAUUCUCUUGCUCAAUUACUCUACCGACAGCUGCUCAAGUUAACCUAGGGAAAUAAAUACAAACAUCUGUGCAAAAAAUGUGUUUAAGCUUGCUCUGAUUCAGUAAACACAGAGAGGUGAAUAGGUUUGUUAGUAAGGGCUCUCACUCUGUGCUGAGCCCGUGAAGAAUAUUUGAUGAAUAGGUUUCUACUAGUUUCUUCUAGUUGUCAUGAAGUGCAUCAUUGAGGUUUUUGUCAAUAGUUGCAGACAGAGAGCGAAAUCAGUUUGUGCAUCCAGACGUGACCGUGCUACAUCGCCUCUCCUCUCUCCCUCAGGUUCGAGAUGACAACAAGAGGCAGCACCCGUGCCUGGUGGAUUUCACCAAGCUGCCUGAAACUGAGAGUAACUAUAACCUGCAGAUGUCUAGCGAAACUCUCAAGUGAGUAGCUAGGCUAAGAUCCUUAACACUAAUACAUACUGUAUCACACAUUCCCAUUACUCAUUCCAUCCAUUUACACUGAAAAUAGUAGCCACCGAUGACAACCAGACUGUCAUCCCAGUAUCUACCAAAAAAAAAAAGUAUCUACAUCUUCCACACACAGUGAUUGAUAGCCAUGUUUGACUAAGAGGAUGUUUCAUACAUUUCGUACCAGGACAUGUGUUUUAAAGGAGUGCCUGUGUGAUGACGCUGUCCAGGGGAAGAUGAUGACUAUCUGUUUAGGUGUAAUACUACGCUCUGAGCUCAGAGCUCCUCCAGGCCCUUUAAAUCAAUGCACCCCUAGGUUUCACUCAGGAGACCCGGGUCAUUAGAUGCAGCUAGUUGCGUUCAUAUCGUCCUCAUACAGCUCAGAUGCAGUUCAUGUGACUCAGUGUUCACAGGAUUUUGAAUCAACUGAAAGAAGCAGCUGCAGCACUCACACAUGAGUAAUACUAAAGUUACUGGUGCUUGUUUUGUGAACAAGUGUUUUUAUUGGAUCACAUCAAAGGCAAUACAAUCAAUACAAUAAAUAAAAUAAAAUAAAGUUACUGGUGCUUGUUUUGUGAACAAUUGUUUUUAUUGGAUCACAUCAAAGGCAAUACAAUCAAUAAAAUAAAUAAAAUAAAGUUACUGGUGCUGAUCUCAUGAAACAGUAAUGUGGAAUAUAAAUGGAACAGAAUAGUGCUGGUGCUGGCAGUGCCAUAUAGCUGCUUGUUAAAUUCACCUGGCCAGAGUGUCUGUCUGCCAGGGAACGAUCCCCUCCACCUCACGGUGGUGUCCGCGGUCCCUACGAUUCACCUGGCCAGAGUGUCUGUCUGCCAGGGAACGAUCCCCUCCACCUCACGGUGGUGUCCGCGGUCCCUACGAUUCACCUGGCCAGAGUUUCUGUCUGCCAGGGAACGAGCCCCUCCACCUCACAGAACAGAACAUGAUAGUGAAGUUCAUGCAUUGAAAGCAUGCAUGGUAACUCCUGUUCCCUGUCGCUCUAUGUGUCUCAGGACCCUGUUGGCGUUGGGAUGUCAUGUUGCACAGACCAACGUUAACGCAGAGGACGAUCUGAAGAAAGUCAAACUGCCCAAAGAGUAAGUCAUGUGGUUUCUACUAGUACCUAUUAGAUCAGUAGGAGGUUGAUUACGAGUUACAUUAACACAACCCUGCAGGAGUUUCUAGGGAGAAAUGUACCCAGUGACUGUGAAUCAUUAUUUCUGAGAUGACCAGUCAUUAAAGCAAUGUGAGAUGAGCUACAUUAGAAAAUCAGAGGGAGACUGUCUUGGGCUUGGAUACACUUAUUCAACUCUACAUUUGAGGUCUGGCUUAGAAGGCUUUCCUUCAAAGCUUAUUUCUACUGUCUUAACCUAUUAUUUUCCUGUGUUUAAUGCAGCUGUGUGAUGUCUAACGGUUAUAUUCUGUGUAUAUCCGUAGCUAUGUGAUGUCUAACGGUUAUAUUCUGUGUAUAUCCGUAGCUGUGUGAUGUCUAACAGUUAUAUUCUGUGUAUAUCUGUAGCUAUGUGAUAUCUAACGGUUAUAUUCUGUGUAUAUCCGUAGCUAUGUGAUGUCUAACGGUUAUAUUCUGUGUAUAUCUGUAGCUGUGUGAUAUCUAACGGUUAUAUUCUGUGUAUAUCCGUAGCUAUGUGAUGUCUAACGGUUAUAUUCUGUGUAUAUCCGUAGCUGUGUGAUGUCUAACGGUUAUAUUCUGUGUAUAUCCGUAGCUAUGUGAUGUCUAACGGGUACAAGCCAACACCGCUGGAGCUUUCUGAGGUGAAACUGACAGCUGGUCAGGAGGUUCUGGUGGAUAAACUGGCGGAGAACGCCCACAACGUGUGGGCCAAGGACAGGAUCAAACAAGGAUGGACCUACGGCAUCCAGCAGGUACAUGUUUUGGCCCAGCUCUCUAUCCAUUACAGUUUAGGUGUAAUUCAAUGCAAAUACAUAGCAACUCGUGACCGGCGAAUGAAUGAUGUGUAUCAGGCAUAAGAUCAACGGAUGAGCUUUGAUUGCAUACAUUUUAUGCAUUUAGAUGUUGUGUAACACACCAUUCUUGAUAGUAUACACCAUCAUUUAACAAGGGAACCCUGACAGAGCUGAUUUGUGUUGUCGUUAUUUCUCUGUAGGAUGUGAAGAGCAGGCGUAACCCUCGUCUGGUGCCGUACGCUCUGCUAGACGAGAGAACCAAGAAGUCUAACAGAGACAGUCUGAGAGAGGCCAUCAGGACCCUGGUUGGAUAUGGCUACAACAUCGACCCCCCAGACCAGGAAGGUGGGUAGAGGACUGUAACAGCAAUAUAAUAUAUGGUGGUAAGUUAUCUUGUCAUACACAUGUACCAUCCUGCAACUAAGUCAUGGGCUAUGGGCUAGCAAACCGGUACAGGUCAUUCUUACACAAUCAAUGUAAGUUUACAUAUCGUUAGAUAAAGAAAUCCUUAUCACUGCCCACCUGAAUGUGUGCUUCCCCUUUUCUCAGUCGUUUCUGUGGAUUCUAGUCUUCAAUUGACUGCAAUAGAUAUGGUCAUUCGAGACGGAUUGAGUGCUCUGCCACAGAUAUAAGAUAUCUCUCUAGCUAGGCCCAUAUAUGCCCUUAAAGGUGCAGGGCCUCGUUAGCAGUUCAUACAUUUUCAUUGGUUGAAUGUCUUCUUCCCUGUGUCCCCAGCCUGUCAUAUUGUGGAGAGGCAGAGCAUUGAGACGAUCAGGUUCUUCCGCGUAGAGCAGACGUAUGCAGUGAAGACAGGGAAGUGGUACUUUGAGUUUGAGGCCCUGACCGGAGGGGACAUGAGGGUUGGCUGGGCUAGACCAGGCUGUAGAUCAGACUUUGACCUGGGCAUGGACGACCAGGCUUACGUCUUCGAUGGAUACAAGGUAAACAAACAACAAUUAGUAUCUUUAAAUAAUAUAUCUUAUCUGUUUUGAUCUUAUCUGUUUUUAUGUUAUGUUAACAUAUCUUAUCUUUUAUACUGUUUGAAGUUGAUUAUAAUCUACAGUGCUUUCAGAAAGUAUUCAAACCCCUUGAUUUUUUCACAUUUUGUUGUGAUUUUGUGUCACUGGUCUACACACAAUACUCCAUAAUGUCAAAGUGAAAUUUCUACAAAUUAAUACAAAAUGAAAAGCUGAAAUGUCUUGCGUCAAUAAGUAUUCAACCCCUUUGUUAUGGCAAGCCUAAAUAAGUUCUGGAGUUAAAAUGUGCUCAACAAGUCACAAUAAGUUUCAUGGACUCACUCUGUGUGCAAUAAUAUUGUUUAACAUGAUUUUUGAAUGACUACCUCAUCUUUGUACCCCACACAUACAAUUUUCUGUAAGGUCCCCCAGUCAAGCAGUGAAUUUCAAACACAGAUUCAACCACAAAGACCCGAGAGUUUUUCCAAUGCCUCGCAAAGGGCACCUAUUGGUAGAUGGGUAGAAAUAAAAAAAAAGCAGACAUUGAAUAUCCCUUUGAGCAUGGUGAAGUUAUUAAUUACACUUUGGAUGGUGUAUCAAUAGACCCAGUCACUACUAAGAUACAGGCGUCCCUCCUAACUCAGUUGCCGGAGAGGAAGGAAACCACUCAGGGAUUUCACCAUGAGGCCAAUUGUGACGAGUACUGAGUAUACGAAGAGGCAGGACGCAGACGCAGGAAUAAACAACAUCAAGGUUUACUUAACAAGGAGAACGAGAAAUAACAAACAUAGAGUAAACGACACGAAGCUUAACAAUCACACACAACAUCAUCCAGAACAGUCCAGGGCUAAACAGGGGUGGUGAUGAGAUGAUGAGGUGCAGGUGCGCUGGAGGUGAUUAGGGUGCGUUGGGUUUCCAUUCCGCUGUUGCCGAGGUGGUGCGCUCAGACCGGUGGCUCAGUAGACCGGCGAAUCAGAGCGCCGGAGGGGAGCAACGGGAGGAGACGUGACACCAAUGGUGAUUUUAAAACAUUUACAGAGUUUAAUGGCUGUGAUAGGAGAAAACUGAGGAUGGAUCAACAACAUUGUAGUUACCACAAUACUAACCUAAAUGACAGAGUGAAAAGAAGGAAGCCUGUAGAGAAUAAAAAUAUUCCCUGAGUGAUUUCCUUCCUCUCCGGCAAAUGAGUUAGGAAGGACGACUGUAACUUUGUAGUGACUGGGUGUUUAAGUUUAUUAUCAUGUACGUAUAGGCCUAACUGAUUCUGCAAUCAGCAAUGAUAUAUUGUUGCCAAACAAGCCAACAGCAAGUUGGCUAAAUCAGAAAAAACUGACAUGCCAAUCACCAAGGCAAAUUAUUGUACACUUGGUCAUACGCUUGAUUGUACACUUGAUCGACUUCACGUUUCAGGGGUGAUUAUUGCAUUAGGGAUAGUAAUAAGUGUUGAUGGUUGUUCCCCCAGGGUCGUCGUAUGCACAUGGGUGCGCGUUUCUUCGGGCAGUCAUGGAACAAGGGAGACGUGGUGGGCUGCAUGAUCAACAUGGAGGACAAGUCUAUGGUCUUCACUCUCAAUGGAGAGCUACUCAUCACUAACAAGGGAUCAGAGCUCUGCUUCGUUGACUUCGAGACAGACGAUGGUGAGUUUAUCUUUACAAGGGAUCAGAGCUCUGCUUUGUUGACUUCCAGACAGACGAUGGUGAGUUUAUCUUUACAAGGGAUCAGAGCUCUGCAUAGUUGACUUCCAGACAGACGAUGGUGAGUUUAUCUUUACAAGGGAUCAGAGCUCUGCAUAGUUGACUUCCAGACAGACGAUGGUGGGUUCAUCUUUACAAGGGAUCAGAGCUCUGCAUAGUUGACUUCCAGACAGACGAUGGUGGGUUCAUCUUUACAAGGGAUCAGAGCUCUGCAUAGUUGACUUCCAGACAGACGAUGGUGGGUUCAUCUUUACAAGGGAUCAGAGCUCUGCAUAGUUGACUUCCAGACAGACGAUGGUGCAUUUAUCUUUACAAGAGAUCAGAGCUCUGCAUAGUUGACUUCCAGACAGACGAUGGUGGGUUUAUCUUUACAAGGGAUCAGAGCUCUGCAUAGUUGACUUCCAGACAGACUAUGGUGGGUUCAUCUUUACAAGGGAUCAGAGCUCUGCAUAGUUGACUUCCAGACAGACGAUGGUGGGUUUAUCUUUACAAGGGAUCAGAGCUCUGCAUAGUUGACUUCCAGACAGACUAUGGUGGGUUCAUCUUUACAAGGGAUCAGAGCUCUGCAUAGUUGACUUCCAGACAGACGAUGGUGGGUUCAUCUUUACAAGGGAUCAGAGCUCUGCAUAGUUGACUUCCAGACAGACGAUGGUGCAUUUAUCUUUACAAGAGAUCAGAGCUCUGCAUAGUUAACUUCCAGACAGACGAUGGUGGGUUUAUCUUUACAAGGGAUCAGAGCUCUGCAUAGUUGACUUCCAGACAGACUAUGGUGGGUUCAUCUUUACAAGGGAUCAGAGCUCUGCAUAGUUGACUUCCAGACAGACGAUGGUGGGUUUAUCUUUACAAGGGAUCAGAGCUCUGCAUAGUUGACUUCCAGACAGACGAUGGUGGGUUCAUCUUUACAAGGGAUCAGAGCUCUGCAUAGUUGACUUCCAGACAGACGAUGGUGGGUUCAUCUUUACAAGGGAUCAGAGCUCUGCAUAGUUGACUUCCAGACAGACGAUUGUGGGUUCAUUUUUACAAGGGAUCAGAGCUCUGCAUAGUUGACUUCCAGACAGACGAUGGUGGGUUCAUCUUUAUCCUUCCUUAGUCUCAACUUGGAAGAUUCUGUAGUCUCCUUUUCCCUCUAGGAAGAUGGGAGAUUGAGGUUCAUCCUUCCUAAGCUAACUUUAUGUUUUCAUCAAGAUAAAAUAAACUGUUUUAUUGUCCGUUUUCACAUAAAUUGGCUUUGCAUCAUGAAAUGUGUUCAUAUUUAUCCAUAUAUGUUUUACCAGAAAGGUACUCUUGAGGUUUGAAUGUCUUUUCUUAGAAAUCGGCGUGGAGAGCAUGUACAUUUACAGUCGCUCUUAUCCAGAGCGACUUACAGGAGCAAUUAGGGUUAAGUGCCUUGCUUAAGGGCACAUCGACAGAUUUUUCACCUAGUCGGCUCGGGGAUUAGAACCAGCGACCUUUCGGUUACUGGCACAACGCUCUUACCCACUAAGCUACCUGCCGCCCCGUAUGUUUAUGUAAACAUAAAGUGAAACAUAAAUCAGCAAAGCAAUGGGAAAAUCUGUCAUUUCUUGUGUUGCUGUUGGAAGAAACACACAGUUACUUAAUGUAAAUCAUAUCGGUUGUUGUGUUCCAAAUUAAGCUUAUUCUCCAAUAUUCUAGAAUCUAGGGGAGUGCGGUGUAACAGAGUGCUUUCCAAAUAAUGGGUAGUUUUGCGAAGUUAAUUGCUUUUGGGUUGAGGUUUAAGAUUAGCUCCUUUCCAAAAACAUACGUUAACCUCUGACCUCUAUGCUUUCCAGGGUUCAUCGCAGUGUGUUGACUGGCCCAGUCCCAGAUCGACCUUAUAACCUUUUACCUCUGACCACUACCCCUCCAGGCUUCAUCCCAGUGUGUUGUCUAGCCCAGUCCCAGAUUGACCUUAUAACCUCUAACCUCUGACCUCUGACCUCUAACCCCUCCAGGCUUCAUCCCAGUGUGUUGUUUGGCCCAGUCUGAGAUUGGCCGUAUGAACCUGGGGAAGGACGCCAGCUCCUUUAAGUACUACACCAUGUGUGGCCUCCAGGAGGGCUUCGAACCCUUCGCUGUCAACAUGAACCGUGAGGUCACCAUGUGGUUCAGCAAACGCCUGCCUACCUUCGUCAACAUCCCCAAGGACCACAACCACAUCGAGGUACCGUUUUACUAUUUAGUGGCAUGAUCACCCAAGGGCCUGAUGUUGAUCAAUCUCCACUAAAGCCUGACGAUUUAAAGCAAAUUGGUUUGUCAGUGGUUUAAGAUGUGCCAAACGUAAAGUUUCCUCCCUGGUUCUGAAUGCUAAUCAUUCUCCUCUCCAUAUGAUUGUGAAUGCUCCUCCCCUCUGAAUCUGAUUGUGACUGCUCUUCCCUUCUGAUUGGGACUGCUCCUCCCCUGUGAAUCUGAUUGUGACUGCCCUUCCCCUCUGAAUCUGAUUGUGACUGCUCCUCCCCUCUGAAUCUGAUUGUGACUGCUCUUCCCCUCUGAAUCUGAUUGUGACUGCUCCUCCCCUCUGAAUCUGAUUGUGACUGCUCUUCCCCUCUGAAUCUGAUUGUGACUGCUCCUCCCCUCUGAAUCUGAUUGUGACUGCCCCUCCCCUCUGAAUCUGAUUGUGACUGCUCCUCCUCUCUGAAUCUGAUUGUGACUGCUCCUCCCCUCUGAAUCUGAUUGUGACUGCUCCUCCUCUCUGAAUCUGAUUGUGACUGCUCCUCCCCUCUGAAUCUGAUUGUGACUGCUCUUCCCCUCUGAAUCUGAUUGUGACUGCUCUUCCCCUCUGAAUCGGAUUGUGACUGCUCUUCCCCUCUGAAUCGGAUUGUGACUGCUCUUCCCCUCUGAAUCGGAUUGUGACUGCUCUUCCCCUCUGAAUCGGAUUGUGACUGCUCCUCCUCUCUGAAUCUGAUUGUGCUGUCCCCAGGUGACGAGGAUAGAUGGGACAGUGGACAACCCCCCGUGUCUGAAGGUGACACACAAGACGUUUGGGACCCAGCAGAGCAACAGUGACAUGCUGUACUGCAGACUGAGCAUGCCUGUAGAGCUCCACGCUCCUCAUAUCAAGGCUGACGAGUCUCAGAAACUCAGGUCAGAAACACUGAGGCAGAAACUCAGGUCAGAAACACUGAGGCAGAAACUCAGGUCAGAAACACUGAGGCAGAAACACUGAAGCAGAAACACUGAGGUAGAAACACUGAGGCAGAAACACUGAGGCAGAAACACUGAGGCAGAAACACUGAGGCAGAAACACUGAGGUAGAAACACUGAGGCAGAAACACUGAGGCAGAAACACUGAGGCAGAAACACUGAAGCAGAAACACUGAGGUAGAAACACUGAGGCAGAAACACUGAGGCAGAAACACUGAGGCAGAAACACACAUUUUGCUUUCAACCAAGGCUUUAGAAAUUCAAAUGUUCCUUUUGGAAGGCAAUAAACAUCAAUCUAUCAAUCAAUAUAAGAUUAUUUUAUACACUUACUUAAUGUGAAGGCGGGACCUGAUAACAUAUCGUUGAUUUUACCUGGUGCUUUUCCUUUUGCAGUCAGCCUCCAAAGCAAGAUGAUUAUGGCAGCAUCACAACGUACUAUCACUCAGUGAGGGUGUUUGCUGGCCAGGACCCAGCAUCGGUGUGGGUUGGCUGGGUAACCCCUGACUACCAUUACCAUAGCAAACAAUUUAGCCUCAACAAGACACGCACGGUUACCGUAACCCUGGGAGACGAGAGGGGACGUGUCCACGAGAGGCAAGUUCUUGCUUUUUAG